ACAAAGCUCGAUUUCAACUUCUCCGUAUUAGCAAAGCUUUUGUGGUCGGCUCGCGCGCGCUUUCUUGCAUAAGCAGCAGGCAGCAGGCAGCAGGAGGAGUUAUGGCGUUAUGGAUGGAAGCAGGUUCAGAGCCAAAGACGGAUACUGAAACUGCCGACCUUGAUGCCAUAGCUGCUCUCAAAGAGUCCACUGCCAUCGAACUUAAGGAAAAGGGGAAUGAGUAUGUGAAGAAGGGGAAGAAGUAUUAUUCUGGUGCGAUUGAUUGCUACACCAGGGCAAUCAAUCAAAAGGCUUUGAGCGAUGCCGAGCAAUCUAUUCUUCACUCCAAUCGAGCUCAUGUUAAUCUAUUCUUGGGGAAUAAUAGACGAGCUCUGCAGGAUGCUGAGGAGGCAAUCAAACUUAACCCAGCAAACGUUAAGGCAUUUUACAGAGCAGCCAAAGCAUCAGUGUCACUGAAUUUGUUGGUUGAAGCAAAAUCAUACUGUGAAAAGGGGCUUGAGCAAUCCUCUUCUAAUGAUGAUUUGAAGAAGCUGGCCAAGCAAAUUGAUACUCUCAAGUAUGAACAAGAACGCCGGGAAGCUGAAAUUUCUAAAGCCAUUGCAGCUGCUAAGGGUCUCAUCUCUGCAUUUGAGGAUAGAAACUUGAAGAUUGGGAAGGCAAUGUAUCGAGAGCUUACUGGAUUGAAAAAGCCAAUACUAGACAAAAAUAAUAUUCUUCACUGGCCUGUUGUUCUUCUGUAUCCAGAGGUUAUGUCUAGUGACUUCAUUGAGGAUUUCUGCGAGACAGACAUGUUUUUAGCUCAUCUUGACAUGAUGUUUUCAGAAGAUUGUCCUCCUUUGACAUGGGAUGAAGGAAAUGCUUAUACUCGUGAUGCUCUUGAGCUGUACUGUAAGGCUGGUUCUGAAGUCCCUUUAUCCAAGAAAGAACUUCUUCGUUAUCUACUAGAGGGAACAUCUGCUUCUCAUUUGGAAAGUUUCGAUGAUGACGAUAUAAAUGCUGCUCAAGAAUCAACUAGCUGUAGUACUUCACUUGGCAAUAGCCCCAAGUGGGUGAAAGUUGAUGAGAGGAGGACACUUCACGAUGUACUAAAAGAACCAAAUCUUGUAAUCCCCGGAGUUCCUGUGUUUUUUGUUGUUUCAAGGAAGUCCAGCUUCUAUAAAACCUUCAAAUCGGGAAAUUGGUCUUUCUAACAGGUUGCAUGACCAAAUUCGGUUUGUUCAAUUGGUAGAAUUUCACAGUGUGAUCAAUAUCCUCCCAAACGCAUUUCAUGCCACCUAGUUAAAUCCUUAAUCCACUGUAUAUUAGCUACUAUAGUGACACCAAAAUCUUUAAGUUAGACCAGUGAGAUUGCUUAAUCUUGGCAUUUGAACUAUCCUUUUUCAUGGAAGUGUUGCAAGUUAGCCAUUCAACAAUUUUGACUCUUGUUAAAAUGCUACAAGAUUCACUAAUAACUUGUGAACUCUUAA